AUGUUCAAAGAAGACAGGUACAUCAACGCUGAGCCGUCUCGCACAGACGUGACACAGGUGGCGAAAGACGGGCCUUUCCGACUUCCCAGCAGCCUCGGCUUCUCUGUAUCGGCGGACGAACACGCGAUAUUCGUACCUCCGCUGUACCUGUCCGGAGACCUGCUGUACGCCGAGGCCUUGGAGCCCAGCCUAAACAUGCCCACGGUUGGAGUGCCCGUCCUGAUUUCGUGGGCGCGCUCGGUAAUAGCGCGUGGGGACGACUGGUCGGCGACGGCUGCAUCGUACGUCCAAGACAAGGAAGAAGAGCUGAUCCUGGAAUCUGUCGUCGAUCAUCUCGGCUGGGACAUGAGUGCAUCAUCUCCGCCUGAUAACACUGCAGCGGGAAAAUCCCACGGCAUUGGAACUGACGAAGGCAUUCCCAAGGAGCUAGAAGGCAUCUUUGACAUCAUCGAGCAAAACAAGGACCAGAUGCUCACGUGGCUAAAGGAUUUGGUUGCCAUCCCCAGUGUGUCAUCCGAAAAGGAACACCGCAAGGACAUCAUGCGCGUCAUCAAAGAAACCAACACGAUACUGCUAGAACAAGACGUCCACGUGACUAUGGUGCCCCUAGGCGACCAGCAGCUGCCGGACGGGAGCAAGGUGCCGCUGCCACCACUGUUGUUGGGCGCCACCGGUCAAGAGCCCAGCAAGAAGACUCUGUGCGUCUACGGGCACCUGGACGUCUACCAGGCGCGCAAGGAGGACGGGUGGACGGCGGACCCGUUCCUUCCUACGGAGAAAGAGGGCCGACUCUUCGCAAGGGGCGUAGCGCACGACAAGGGUCCCCUGGUCGCAUGGAUCGGGGCUCUCUACGCUUUCCGCAAGAGCGCCGCAAAAGCUACGCCCGUCAACCUCAAGUUCCUUCUCGAGAGCAUGCAGGAAGUCGGCUCACUGGGCCUGGGACCCUACUUGGCGGCGAGCGCCAAGCAGGACUUCUUCAAAGGCAUAAAUUUUGCCUGCGUCCCCAAUGGCUUCUGGCUGAGCCCGCUUACACCGUCUAUCAGCUACGGGCUCAGGGGAUUAUGCUCCUUCAGCGUGGAGAUAGCCGCCGCUCGAUCAGAUCUUGAUUCUGGUGUCGACGGUGGAACAUCGUGCGAGGCGAUGGCGGACCUUGUCCACCUACUAGACAGCCUGAUGGGCCCCCGCGGUCACAUCGCCGUCGAGGGAAUCCACGAUGACGUAGCCCCCAUCUCGGACACCGAGUGGAAGCUGUACGAGCACGUGGACUUCGAUCCGGACCGGUACCAAGAGAAGCAUGGCAUUUGGCACGUCACCAUCGACGACGCGGUGCAACUGCUGAUGCGCAAGUGGCGAUACCCAUCUCUCACCAUACACGGCAUCGAGGGCGCCCACUGGUCACCCGGCCUGAACACAGUGAUUCCCAGCCGCGUGGUGGGCAAGUUCUCCGUCCGCACUGUGCCCAACCAGACGUGCCAGAAGGUGCACGACUGCGUCACCAGUCACUUGGAGCGGGAAUUCGCCAAGCGAAGAAGCCCCAACAAGUUUAGGGUGACAAUGACGCAGAGCACCGAGACAUGGCUCAACGAACCUCACAGGCCCCACAUGAGGGCCGCCGCGGCUGCCGUGCGCCACACGUACGGCGUGAGGCCGGACCUGACCCGCGAAGGCGGGACCGUGACUGCGGCCAGCUAUCUGCACAAGUACGUGUGCCCUGACCUGGUCGUGCUGAGCAUGACGCCCAACGGCCGCGGAUUCCACGCAAAGGACGAGUACCUCCGUGUCGAAGACCUCGUCGCAGGGGCGAAGCUGUUCGCAGCGUACAUGUUCGAACUGUCCAAGCUCCACUGAGGCAUUCUAAGUGUACCGUGAUCGAGGCACCGACUCCACGAUGGAAGCCCACCUGCGUAUACCCGGUACAAGGCCCGAGGAAUCCACUGUCGAGAUCGCGGAUCCCACGUUACUUGCGGGAUUCCAUGCCACGGAACUGCAAAUCGAAAUCCGACACUGUGGUUUUUCGCUCACAGUAGGA